AGUAACAAUAAAAAAACCUUCCCGUUUUAUAAACAAACAACAAAUUAGCGUGGUUUAAUAACAUGCCAAUAAUUUUUAAGUACGAAUCGUGAAAUAAAAUAGGAGUCGAAAAGAUGGAAUCUGACAUAUUAGCCCGACUUGUGCCUCAGGGGAAGGAGAGUAUGCGUCCCGCAUGCAAGAAGUGCGGCUACUCGGGACACCUCACGUACCAAUGUCGUAAUUUCAUCAAGAUCGACCCGAACAAAGAUAUCGUGCUGGAUGUCAGCAGCACGAGCAGUGAGUCGGACACGGACUAUAUCACGCCUCUCCGUGCUCUGCGCGACCAGGAGCUGCUUGAGAAACUGAAAACCGUCCCGGACAAGCCUAGGGGUAAAGAGGGCGAGACUAGUAAAAAUAAGAAAAAAAAGAAAAAGCACAAGAAGGAAAAGAAAGCAAAAAAGAGAAAGCAUAAUUCUUCGAGUUCCGAAUCGGACUCUGACUCUUCAAUUGGCAAUUCGCAUAAACACAAAAAGAAGAAGAAAAAAAAGAAAAAGAAAGAAUCAGUGUCUUCAAGUGAUUAAAUACAAUUUUUACAAUUUAUUUUUAAUUAUGUAUUUUUAUUAAGAUUAUAUAUAUUGUAAUUACAAGUUUCACUUAUCUUCUUAUUUCCUUUAUCUUUUUGAUCAAUAAUCGUCA